CCUGGGCCUCCCCCGUGGCUGGUGUUUGUCUUUGUACACGGCAGGACGUUGGGAAGGGGCGAGGGGACAGAAGCCACUCCACAGCCGCCUGCGGUGAGGGCUUAGCAGACGGGUUAAUGGUGAAGGUCAGAGCCUGUCGCGGCGAAAGAGACUCAGGGCAGGGGCGCCUCUGCCCCCACGUGCGGAGCCGCCUCCCGGAGGAGCCCCAUGGACGAGAAGCCGUCUGCCAGGAGAGGCCCGGACAUCUGCUCCUUGCGCUACGGGCUGGCCGUGGUCAUGCACCUCUCCAACCUCAGCAUGAUCACCCAGCGCGUCAGCCUCAGCAUCGCCAUCAUCGCCAUGGUCAACGGCACCCAGCAGCCCGCCCCGGCCAACGCCUCCGCGGACGGCCCCCUCCAGGACCCCAGCGGGCCCAUUGGGGAAUUCCACGCAGGGACCUCCGUCUACGCAUGGAGCCCAGAGACCCAGGGCAUCCUCUUCAGCUCCAUCAGCUACGGGAUUUUGCUGACUCUGAUCCCCAGCGGAUACCUGGCGGGGAUAUUUGGCGCCAAGCACAUGCUGGGGGCGGGGCUGCUGGGCUCCUCCCUGCUCAGCCUCUGCACGCCGCUGGCCGCUGACCUGGGCGUGAGCUUGGUGAUGGUGAUUCGCGUCGCCCAGGGCAUGGCCCAGGGAAUGGCAUGGACAGGUCAGUUCACCAUCUGGGCGAAGUGGGCGCCCCCGCUGGAGCGCAGCAAGCUCACCAGCAUCGCGGGCUCUGGGGCCGCGCUGGGGUCCUCCCUCAUCCUCUGCGUCGGGGGGCUCAUCUCUCAGGCCCUGGGCUGGCCCUUCAUCUUCUACAUCUUCGGUGGCGGGAACGGGAGGGGGCGGUGUCUUCGUCUCGUCCAGGAGGGGGCCGUGCUCAGGUGUCUGCAGAGGGUGACCGAUGGCCGUCGCUACUGGAGGGAGCCCACGUCCCCUCGACGCUCCGUCCCCCUCAAGGCCAUGGCCCGCUGCCUGCCCCUGUGGGCCAUCUUCUCGGGGUUCUUCAGCCACUUCUGGCUCUGCACCGUCAUCGUCACGUACCUGCCCACCUACAUCAGCUCCGUGCUGCACGUCAGCAUCAGGGAGAGCGGGGUCCUGUCCGCCCUGCCCUUCGUGGCUGCCUCCACCUGCACGGUCCUGGGGGGCCAGCUGGCCGACUUCCUUCUGUCCCGGGACCUCCUGAGGCUCCUCACCGUCCGGAAGCUCUUCUCAGCCCUGGGCCUCCUGCUCCCGUCGCUCUGCGCCGUGGCCCUGCCCUUCGUGGCUUCCAGUUACGUGACCACCGUGGUUCUGCUGAUCCUCAUUCCCGGGACCAGCAACCUGUGCGACUCGGGGUUCAUCAUCAACACCUUGGACAUCGCCCCCAGGUACGCCAGCUUCCUCAUGGGCAUCUCCCGGGGAUUCGGGCUCCUCGCGGGCAUCAUCUCCUCCACGGCCACCGGGUUCCUCAUCAGCCAGGACUCCGCGUCCGGGUGGAGGCACGUCUUCUUCCUGGCUGCCGCCGUCAACCUGUUCGGCCUGGUGUUCUACCUCACGUUCGGGCGGGCGGAGCUCCAGGACUGGGCCAAAGAAAGGCCCCUCACGCGCCUCUGAGGGCCCCGGCGCAGACGUCGAUGUGGGAUGCGGGCCACCUGCUUCUCAGCGUUUUCUUACUCAUCUUCACUCUUCACGUUCUUCACGGCCGGCUCCGCAGGUCACACCUCCGAGUGUGAGUCAGACUUUCCUGGGAAGCCUCUGAAACAUGCGGAUGUGUGGGCGCCGCUCCAAGAGCCCGAACGCAUGGGUCUGGGGAGCACCCCGACAUCAGUGAGUCUUAGACACUCCCCGGGGCUCUCACCCAGCCGGGCUGGCAACAGCUGGACACGCUUGUAACGCCAAUUCCCCUGCCUUUGUUUUCUGUUUUGGUUUGUUUUAAUGUAUUUUUAUUGGUUUCAGAGAGGAAGGCAGAGGGAGAGGG